UUGCCACCCUAAUUUCAGCGAUUUAGGGGUGGUAGUAUCGAUAAAAAUUUGAUAGUUUAUUUGUGGUAAACAAACCUAGUUUUUAUUUGUAGUCCAGCGCCAUUCGCAUCAAAAAGUAAUCUCCACGCCUGCCUGUAAAAUAAUGCAGCACCCAAAGAGGCAUGACAAAUCCAUACUCUAAGCUGACAACUCCGCGGACAGCGUGGCAUUAAUUAACACGGUCUCCGUGGCGUCACAUAAUCUUCAGAUUCAGAUAGGCAUUAUAUAGUGUAUAUACUAUAUAUACACACAUUAUCAAGCUGAUGGGGAGCAGAAUGACUGAUAAUACCGGGAGCGUUAUCACCAUCAAUAAUGGCAUGUUGGCGGGAAGUUCGACGCCGCCGCAGCGGAAGUCCUCCUCUUCGGAAACUCCUCCUGCGGAACUGCGAAUCCUGUGCUUCGACCUCACUUUCUACAAUCGCACCACCCAGUUCCUGCUCAGCUGUGCCGGCGUCUUUAUCCUGUACAUCCUGUACGGCUACCUGCAGGAGCUCAUCUUCACCGUGGAAGGAUUCAAGCCGUAUGGAUGGUUCCUGACCCUCGUCCAGUUUGGCUACUACAUCGGCUUUGGCCUGGUGGAGCGGCGACUGGAGGGCUAUCGGAUAAGUGGCGGUUCCUUUUGGAACAUUGAGCCCGAGCCACGUUGCAUUCCCAUGAAAACGUACCUCGUUUUGGCUGCUCUCACCCUGGGCACCAUGGGUCUGUCGAACUCCAGUCUCGGCUAUUUGAACUAUCCCACCCAGGUGAUCUUCAAGUGCUGCAAACUCAUUCCCGUCCUGGUGGGCAGCAUCCUCAUCCAGGGCAAGCGCUACGGACUGCUGGACUUUGCGGCCGCCGCCUGCAUGUGCAUCGGAUUGGCCUGGUUCACGCUGGCCGACUCGCAGAUGACGCCCAAUUUUAAUCUGCUGGGCGUGGCCAUGAUUUCGGGAGCGCUGCUCUGCGAUGCGGCCAUUGGGAAUGUCCAGGAGAAGGCCAUGCGGGAGCACAAGGCGCCCAGCAGUGAGGUGGUCUUCUAUUCCUACGGUCUGGGUUUCGUUUACCUCUUUGUGAUCAUGCUGGUUACCGGCAACUUCUUCAGCGGCUUCGCCUUCUGCUUGGAGCACCCCUUGGAGACCUUUGGUUACGGCUUCCUGUUUAGCUUGUCCGGCUACCUGGGCAUCCAGUUUGUGCUGGCUCUGGUGAGGAGCAGUGGUGCUCCCAUAGCCGCCACAGUGACCACCGCUCGCAAGGCUGUGACCAUAGCCUUUUCGUUUGUGCUCUUCAGCAAGCCUUUCACAAUGCAAUAUCUGUGGUCCGGUCUUAUCGUUGUCCUGGGCAUAUAUCUUAAUGUUUAUAGCAAGAAGAACAAGCUGACGUUGGCGGACAUCCGGCAGAGAUUAAAGCAAAUCGGAGCCAAGCUUGCACGCUCGCCAAGUCGCAAAUUCCUCAUCGAAGUUUAG